CUCUGCGCGCCCAGCCCUUUGUCCCCAUGACAGGGGUGAUGGCUCUGCGCGCCCAGCCCUGUGUCCCCAUGACAGGGGUGAUGGCUCUGCGCGCCCAGCCCUAUGUCCCCACGCCAGAGGUGGUGGCUCUGCGCGCCCAGCCCUGUGUCCCCACGCCAGGGGUGGUGGCUCUGCGCGCCCAGCCCUGUGUCCCCACGCCAGAGGUGGUGGCUCUGCGCGCCCAGCCCUGUGUCCCCACGCCAGGGGUGGUGGCUCUGCGCGCCCAGCCCUGUGUCCCCACGCCAGAGGUGGUGGCUCUGCGCGCCCAGCCCUGUGUCCCCACGCCAGAGGUGGUGGCUCUGCGCGCCCAGCCCUGUGUCCCCACGCCAGGGGUGGUGGCUCUGCGCGCCGAGCCCUGUGUCCCCACGACAGGGGUGGCGGCUCUGCACGCCCAGCCCUGUGUCCCCAUGACAGGGGUGAUGGCUCUGCGCGCUUGGCCCUAGUGUCCACACGACAGCAGUGGCGGCUCCCUGUGCCUGUGUCUGCCAGCUCUGCCUCCCUGGGACCCCGGUCAUGCAGCUGGGCUGGCUGGGGCAGAGCAGGCCCGGGGGUCCUGAUCUGGCCCAGUGCUCUUUCAGCCUGCCGGCCAGCCAUUGGAAGGCUGCUGCCAGCAGGUGGCCAGCAUCCGGGCCUGUCUCUUCUGCUCUCUGCGUCGCCUUUGCUGGCCUUCUAGGCCGUUCCUCACGCAGCACCCCUGCCCAC